AUGAGCGCGAGCGAGGGCAUGAAAUUUAAAUUCCACUCAGGGGAGAAAGUCCUGUGCUUCGAGCCUGACCCCACCAAGGCGCGAGUGCUGUACGAUGCCAAGAUUGUGGAUGUUAUUGUUGGGAAAGACGAAAAAGGCAGAAAGAUCCCGGAAUAUCUAAUCCAUUUUAAUGGUUGGAACAGAAGCUGGGAUAGGUGGGCAGCUGAAGAUCAUGUCCUCCGAGAUACCGACGAAAAUCGGAGAUUACAACGAAAAUUGGCCAGAAAAGCUGUAGCUCGCCUAAGCACAGGAAGGAAGAAGAAGCGCUGCCGGCUGCCUGGUGUUGAUUCCGUCUUAAAAAGCCUCCCCGUUGAAGAAAAAGAUAAAAGCAAUGAGAACUCUGUAAGCACUUCCUCUGGUGACAGCAGUGACGAAAAGGAUGGCGCAAUAAGUGAAGAAAGUGACAUUGAAGAAAAGACUGAAGUGAAGGUCGUGCUGGAGCCGCGCAGGAAGAGGGCGAUGGAAGAGAGAGCCAUCACCAUAGACAUCCCCGACGUGCUGAAGAGGAAGCUGGAGGACGACUGCUACUACAUCAACCGGAGGAAGCGGUUAGUGAAACUCCCGUGCCAGACCAACAUCAUCACCAUCCUGGAAUCCUACGUGAAGCAUUUCGCCAUCAACGCAGCCUUCUCGGCCAACGAGCGGCCCCGGCAUCACCACGCCAUGGCCCAGGCCAGCAUGAACGCGAAUUACAUCCCGGCAGAAAAGAACGUGGACCUCUGUAAGGAGAUGGUGGACGGAUUGCGAAUAACCUUCGAUUAUACGCUCCCGUUGCUCUUGCUGUAUCCGUACGAACAAGUUCAGUACAAAAAGGUGACCUCGUCCAAAUUUUUCCUUCCCAUUAAGGAGAGUGCCACCAGCUCCAGUAGGAGCCAGGAGGAGCUCUCGCCAAGCCCGCCCUUGUUGAACCCGUCCACCCCGCAGUCCACGGAGAGCCAGACCACCGGGGAGCCGGCCACCCCCAAGCGGCGCAAAGCAGAGCCCGAGGCCCUGCAGUCGCUGCGGCGCUCCACCCGCCACUCCGCCAACAGCGACCGGCUGUCCGAGAGCAGUGCCUCGCCGCAGCCCAAGCGCCGGCAGCAGGACGCGGCAGCCAGCAUGCCCAAGCUGUUCCUGCACCUGGAGAAGAAAACGCCUGUGCAUAGCAGAUCCUCCUCACCUGUGCCCGUGACCCCCAGCAAGGACGGCAGCGCCGUGUUCGCCAGCUUUGAAGGCAGAAGAACCAAUGAGAUCAAUGAGGUCCUCUCCUGGAAGCUCGUGCCCGACAGCUACCCACCAGGCGACCAGCCGCCUCCGCCCUCGUACAUUUAUGGGGCCCAACACUUGUUGAGAUUAUUUGUGAAACUUCCAGAGAUCCUUGGGAAGAUGGCCUUUUCUGAGAAGAACCUGAAGGCUUUACUGAAGCACUUUGAUCUCUUUCUGAGGUUUUUAGCCGAGUACCAUGACGACUUCUUCCCAGAGGCUGCCUAUGUCGCCGCCUGCGAGGCGCACUACAGCACUAAGAACCCCCGGGCCAUGUACUAG